CCUUGUUGCAAUUUUCUGCGCACUUCAAGCAAAUCCGACCGCCCUCCAUGGAGAUAUCGACCCUCAGCGCCCUUCUCACGCACGGUCGAUUAUGUCCUAUGUUAUCGGUGCAAUUGGCCCACUGCGAAAUGGCCGGGCCAUCGACGUGGCGUUGGAAAAAGUCCGAACCCGACUCUGGAUAACCCGCGAUCAUGAGGCUCUCGGUCUGGCAAUGAGGGUCUGCGCAAAGGCAGAUGGCAAACAGGUAUUCCAAUCGACACAUUGUGUUGUUCGUUGCUGGAAAUCAUUGUGUUGUUGUUCUUGGGAGAAGCUCAGUUCAAGACCUCAUCCGUGCAGAGUACAUGUGAUCACGGACGGGCCGAGCCGAGGUGUUCACGAUGGGACAUGUAUUUGCAAAAGGUUGUUUCCUUACUGUGGGAACUUCUACGCAGCAAGAUGAUGCAGUAGGGAAGUCUCAGUUAAAAAACCAGGAUCGACGUGUCCCCUGUCGAGACAGGUGCUUCCAUCAUCUCGGGAAGCGGAAGCGAGGAUCAUCAUGCGCUGUUUUGGGUAGAUUAGAUCAGACACUUGUGGCACUUAUCGGCCCACCGAAUGCGAUAAGAAGAAAAGCAGGGCAGAUGAUAGCGG